UCACACCUAAAUAUAUAAACACUGUGUGCUGUUGGUGGAGAGUGACCAGCCAGCGUGAGCCGCAAACAUACCUCACAGGGAUGAGCACUUAUGAAGACUAUGGUGAAGAUGAGCUCGAUAACUACAUCAUCCAGCUCAGUAUUCAAGACUCCUGCCAAGAUGCCUUUCUGAAAUCUGCAGCAAGUUUAGCAGCAGCGACGGAUGAAAAUCUGAGAGUCCUUGCUGCCAUCGAGCAAGGUGAGGUCUUGGUGCUCAGGGAGAUGCUGGGACACACCUUCGCCUUCAGGGAGUCCGACAGUCAUGGCUGGCUUCCCCUCCAUCGAGCCGCAUCCCAGCCAGUCCGGGAGGUUCUGGAGACUGUCUUGAGAUUGGCAGCUCAGGGUUUCAGCCUGGAGGAGAGGACAGCCGUGGGAGGAGAGACCCCACUGACACUGGCAGUUAAAGCCGGACUGGUGCAGAAUGUGAAGAGCCUGUUGGAGCACGGAGCAUCACCUCAUAACACCAACAGCAAAAACGAGUCGCCACUGCUGCUCGCGGUGAGAGCCAGCUCUUAUGAGAUGACGUACUCACUGGUUGCUCAUGGCGCCUGGGUGGAGCAGGUCUGCCGGAAGAAGUGGACGGCGACGCAUGAGGCGGCCAAGUUGGGAAACAGGGAGAUCCUGAUGCUGCUGCUGAGGAACGGCGGCCGGGUAAACCACAAGGAUGUGACGGGAGUGACGCCGCUCGCUGUGGCUGCGGAGCAUGGACACUUCCACAAUACUGAGAUUCUGCUCAACUUUGGUAGCAGAGUGAACUCUCAGGCCUGUAAUGGGGAAAGUGUCCUGUUGGACGCGGCUGGAUCAGGAAACACGGCCUGCAUUCAGCUGCUGCUGGACAACGGAGCCGACCCCAACCUGCCCAGCAUGACCGGACACCUCCCCAUCCACAAGGCAGCGCACGCCGGGCACUACGAUGCUCUAAAGAUGCUGUUACCUCUGACCACUAAGAAGGCCAUCAAGGAGGCAGGUCAGAGCCCGGUCCACUCUGCAGCAGAUGGAGGCCAGAGCCGCUGCCUGGAGCUCCUGUUGGGCUAUGGCCUCGACGUCAACUACUGCAUGAACACCAGAAACUCAGAAAACUACCGGGACAUGAGGAGAAGCGCCUUGUACUUUGCAGUCUCCAAUGGGGACGUGGAUUGCACCAGUGUCCUGUUGGCGGCUGGGGCGAAGACGGACCUGGACCCACUGUGCUGCCUCCUGGUGGCGGUCCGGUCUGGGCACUACGAGAUCGUGAAGCUGCUGCUGGCGGCCAAAGCAGAUGUGAACUGUUACUUCACAGUGGUGAGCAACACCGUGUUUCCCACGGCGCUGCAGUACUGUCUAAAGGACGAGGUGAUGAUGAGGCUGCUGCUCAACAACGGCUACAAUGUGGAGAGAUGCUUUCACUGUCACCAUGACAACGCUUUUGAUAAUGUGGAUGAGAUGGAGAGGAAAAUUCCAUUCUGUGAGUUCAUGAGCCUCUGCUGCAUCGUGCAUCUGUCCGGGAGCGUGGUCCGGAUCCUGCUGGACUACGUCAGCCACGUCCACAUCUGCUCCAAACUCAGACUCAUCUUGGAGAAGCAGACAGAGUGGCCCGAAAUAUGUGACAUCCUCAGCAGUGCUCGCUCCCUCAGACACCUCUGCAGACUGGAGAUCAGGAGGCGUCUGACCCUGAAGAGACUCAACAACCCUGAAAUCAUGAACUCGUGUUUCCCCCCCAGAUUGAAGAACUUCAUACUGUACCAGGAGCUCGACCUCUACAGUCAGGACCCUGAACAUACCAUGUAAAGACAUGUGGAUUUUCUCUGCAAGAGUCCUCCUUGUUUUGAAAGGAUGUAGCUAUUUUAUUAAGCUUUGGUUUGGAUAAGCACAAUACUGUAUUUUUAUAUUUUUGCCCUUUUAUAAGAUAAGACAGCUGAAGAUAGACGAGAAAGGGGGUAGAGAGCGAGAGAAGGGAUGACACGCAGCAAAGGGCCACAGGUUGUAUUUGAAAACCUAUUAUUAAUUAUGUUAAAUUAUUAAUGAUUAUGUUCUUUUACAAUGUAAAUAGUCAGUAUAUGAACUGUCAGGCAAAACAUUUACAAUUCUCUAAACUAAUAGCAUGUUACUGAGCGUCAGUGUUUUGUAGUAAAAAGGCAAAAACAUGCAAAACAAAGCUCUUCUGACUGAAGUGCAAAUUUUAAGCUGACAGUAAAGUCUUAAUAUGGCCAUCAACACACUAAUCAAAAGAGAGGUCAAAGGUCAGAGCUGUAAAUCUGCAGCAGAUGGAGAAAAGGUUAAGCAGCCGUCAGUCAUUUCACUCAUUAUUAUUUCAACAGGUUCUCAUCGAUUUGUUGUCUAACAGCAUUUGAGCUCACGGCGGACGAUCCCCUCUGUAGUUAAAACGUUGUUGCUGUCUGAUGAAUCAUAAUGACACAAUAAAUAUUCAUACAACA